AUGAGCCCACAACAGCACCCACCUGUCAAGCAACAACAGCAGCACCAAGUCAAACACCAGCACCACCAGCAGCACCAGCAGCACCAGCAGCAGGGUUACCAGGCGUUUUCCGUGUCUGGCGGUGUGUACAGCACAGCCAGCCCUUCUCACCACCACCACCAACAACAACAGCACCAACAACAACAGCACCACCACCACCAACAACACCACCACCACCACCAACACCACCACCACCACCAACAACAACAGCACCAGUCGCCGUCGUCGUCUUCACCGCAGCGGGCAGUGGCAGCAGCAGCAGCAGCAGCAGCCAUGGCUACGACACAGCCCGUUCUCACCACGACAAAGAACGUGGACUACACAGUGCGAAGGCACUCGCCCACGGCCGCCUCCUCCCGCUCCAAGUCCCCGCACGUUCACCACCACCCCCACCAUCACCCGCAGCACCACCCGCGCAGCAGCGGUGGUGGCGGCGUGCAGUAUGCGCCACAGGUUGCAUCCUUCACACCGCGGUCUGCGUCGUCGUCAUCACGCAAGAAGCGCAAGAACAAGAUCCCGCGGCCAAUGAACUCGUUCAUGUGCUUUGCGCAACGUUACCGACCCAUGCUGCAACAGGAGAACCCUGGCAUGGACAACAAGGACGUGUCGCGCCUGCUGGGCGCAAAGUGGCGCAGUCUCUCUGACGAGGAGAGGAUGAUCUACACCGAGCAGGCGCGCGUGCUGGCACAGGAACACAGGGCGCUGUACCCAGAGUGGAAGUUUACCCGCGACACGAAGAAGAAGAAGCAGCAACAACAACAACAGCAACAACAACAGCAGCAGCAGCAAGAACAAGAGCAGCAGGCAGGCAAGGGCAAGGCUACUAGGGGUGGUGGAGGGAAGGAUGGCGAUGAUGAUAGCGGUGUUGACAGCAGGAAGGUGAGCAAUGGCAGCAACGCCAGCCAUGGCACCAAACCAUCACCCAUGGGGCAGCGCAUCAAACUGGAGCUGAGCGACCACGCCACGACCAGCGACGCUGUUGGCUCAUCCGGCAGCAGCGAACAGUGGGGCUCCACGCCACAGGGGCCAUCGCCAGGCAAGGCCGGCGUGGACGAGAUGGCAACGGGUGCGCCCUUUGUUGUCAUGCAACAGCAGCCGCAACAGCAUCCACAUGGCGUGGUGAUGCCUGCACAGCUUCAGCAGCAUCAGCAGCAGCACAUGCAGCACCCGAGCACGCUGCCUGCGUCCAGCCCGUUUGCAUUCCAGCACCCAUAUGCGCACCGCGAGACGGGAGCACCACAUCAUCCUCACCACCACCAUCAUCAGGUCGCGGCAACGGCAGCAACACCACCGCCUGCAACGACAGCAUACUAUUACGGCAUUCCGUCGCACGCGCCGUUUGUCCCCAGCGUGUAUGCGACAGAUGGCACACCCUUGACGGCCCCGUUCCUGAGCACGGCUGAUCCCCGUGCCAUGACGCAACCGCCACCCUACCACCCGCCGCCCAGCUUUGAGCAGGCGUACCGCAUCGUCCAGGGAUACACACUCUACCCGCACCCGCAGCCCUGA